AUGGCGUGUCCAAUGCUUCUUUUGAUUCUCUCAGCCGCCUCUGCGCAAGUGGUGUGUCCACUGGGAACGCAGGUCUCUGCGGGAGGCGACCAUGCGCUGAUCUCGAUACCCGAGCCACGGCCGGCGACCUACGCGCUGGGGGACAACCGCUAUGGACAGCUGGGGCAAGGACAUGACCAGGCCAUCUCCCACCGGGUGAAGAUCGAAGUGGGCCCAAGGAUCGAGGGCAUUGCAGCGGGCUCCACCCAUUCGCUGCUGUUGGCCGACGGCACGGUGUGGGCCGCGGGCGAUGGAAGCCGCGGGCAGCUGGGCAACGGAGGUGUUGAGUCCCAGUGGAGCCCCCUGGUGAUGCCGCUGCCCGAGAAGGCUCUGGCUGCGUCUGCCGGCUGUUGGUUCUCCCUUUUGCUGAUGCAGUCGGGCGAGGUCUAUGGCACUGGGCACAAUAGCCUUGGCCAGUUGGGUGUGGGGGACGACUGGCGCCUCACGAAGCCACAGAAGAUGCAGCUCCCAGGCAAAGCCAAAGGCAUUGCCGCAGGGUGCUCCCAUUCCUUGGUCUUAUUGGAGUCGGGUGAAGUCUAUGGAACUGGCGAGAAUUGGUAUGGCCAACUAGGUCUUGGGCACCAGGAAGAUCAGAAAUUUCCCCAGAAGAUGCACCUCAACGGCACCGCGCGUGCCAUUGCGGCGGGCACAUCGCAUUCGCUCAUCCUGAUGGACUCGGGCGAGGUGCUCAGUGUGGGGUCCAACAUCCACGGUCAGCUGGGCUUGGGGCACAAUGAGCAGAUCCUCACGCCCAAGCCAAUGCCCCUGGAUGCGCGCGCAGUGGCAGUGGCUGCGGGGGAUCUUCACAGCUUGGUGGUGACAGAGGAUGGCCGUUGCUUCGGUGCGGGGGGCAAUUCCGAUGGGCAGUUGGGAGUUCCUGGCAUUCAGGAGCACAACAUGCCAGUUCGCAUGAAGAUCACCGAGAGGGUCCUGGACGUGGCGGCGGGGUGGUCCUACUCUCUGAUGGUCUCCGACAACGGCAUUUUUACCGCGACUUGGUGCGGGUCGGCGGGUGUGGAACUGGAGCGGAGCUGGAACGAGCUCGUUCGGCCCGAAGAGCUCCUCCUGGGUCCUCAGCUGGGCGCGGGCGGCUCUGCCCAAGUCUUUCGUGGUUCCUGGAAAGGUCAAGAGGUGGCUGUGAAGCGGAUCACUGGCGUAGCACACCUCGAGGCGAUGAAGAAGGAGGUGGACGCUUUGCGUCGCUUGCGCCACCCUCGCCUCGUGCGCUUCUUGGGCGCUUGCGUGCAGCCUCCCCUGCUGCUCGUGGUCACGGAGUUCAUGGCCGGUGGCUCCUUGCACGACCGGCUCUUCGGGCGGUCUCAACUGGCGGCCACCUCAGCGCUGGGGCCCAGGCAACGGUGGCUCAUUGCGUGUCAAACCGCGGAGGGUUUGUCCUUCCUCCACUCACAGCGCGUGGUGCAUCGGGACCUGAAGUCCAUGAAUAUACUGCUGGACGCUGGACAGAAUGCGAAGAUCUGCGAUUUUGGCCUUGCCCAUCAGAUGUGCAUGGAGUCGACCCACAUCGCUCGGAAGCUGGACGGGGAAGGCGGCUCCCCGCGCUACAUGGCACCCGAGUGCUAUGACGCCAGCGUGGGGAAGCUGACGGAGAAGGUGGAUAUUUGGGCCGCUGGUUGCAUCCUCAUCGAGCUUUGGCAGAUGCGAGAGCUGGCAAGUCAACUUGUCCUUGUGUACUGGAGAGGGAACGUUCUUGUUCAAUGUUGUGUCUCGGGCGAUCAGUCCUGAACAAGAAAUACUUCUGGUCCUGGGAAGGGAGCGUCUUCUUGACGGCCCCGUGACACGGGUCCUGACGGUGUUAUUUUUGGGCAUCCAGAUCGUUGAUGUCGUUUUUUGGGGAACUCUGAAAACUGGUCAGUUCGCUGGUCCGUUGUCAGUUUGCUGAUGUUCCACUAAAAAAACCACCUUUGACCCAGACCAUCCAGGAAAUGGAAGAUUUACCUGACGUUUAAACCGAAAAAUAUCACACGCAAAAUUAUGGAUGUAGGCGUAUCAUGAGUCGCGC